GGGGCGGGGCGGGGCGCCAGCCAUGGACAAUCAGUGCACCGUGCAGGUCAAGUUAGAGCUGGGACACCGUGCCCAGCUGCGCAAGAAGCCCACCACAGAGGGCUUUACCCACGACUGGAUGGUGUUUGUCCGAGGCCCCGAGCAGUGUGAGAUCCAGCACUUCGUGGAGAAGGUGAUCUUCCGGCUGCACGACAGCUUCCCCAAGCCCAAGCGUGUGUGCAAGGAGCCCCCCUACAAGGUGGAAGAGUCGGGUUAUGCUGGCUUCAUCAUGCCCAUUGAGGUGUACUUCAAAAACAAGGAGGAGCCGAGGAAGGUUUGCUUCACCUAUGACCUGUUCCUGAACCUGGAGGGCAACCCGCCUGUGAACCACUUGCGCUGUGAGAAGCUCACCUUCAACAACCCUACCAUGGAGUUCCGCUACAAGCUGCUCAUGGCUGGUGGGGUCAUGGUAAUGCCCGAAGGAGCAGAAACGGUGUCCAGGCCCAGUCCCGACUACCCCAUGUUACCCACAAUUCCACUCUCUGCCUUCUCUGACCCCAAGAAGACCAAACCGUCCCACGGCUCCAAGGACGCCAAUAAGGAGAGCAGCAAGGCCUCCAAGCCGCACAAGGUGACCAAGGAGCACCGCGAGCGGCCCCGCAAGGACUCGGAGAGCAAGGGCUCCUCCAAGGAGCUGGAGCGGGAGCAGGCCAAGAGCUCCAAGGACGCCGUGCGCAAGCUGGGCGAGGGCCGGCUGCCCAAGGAGGAGAAGGCCCCACCGCCCAAGGCUGCGUUCAAGGAGCCCAAGAUGGCCCUGAAGGAGACCAAGCUGGAGGGCAUGUCCCCAAAGGGGGCUCCCCAGCCUUCAGCCCUGCCCAAGGCUUCCAGCAAGCGGCCAGCUGCCGCGGACUCGCCAAAGCCCAGCGCCAAAAAGCAGAAGAAGAGCAGCUCAAAGGGGUCCCGGAGCGCUCCCAGCACUUCACCCCGCACCUCGUCUUCCUCCUUUCCGGACAAGAAGCCGGCCAAAGACAAAAGCGGCCCUCGAGUGGAGAAGGUGAAAGCAGAGAGCGAGUCCAGGGAGGCCCGGAAGGCCCUGGAAGUGGAGGGCUCCAACUCGGAGGACGAGGCCUCCUUCAAGUCAGAGUCUGCACAGUCGAGCCCAUCCAACUCGAGCUCCAGUUCUGACUCCAGCUCCGACUCAGAUUUUGAGCCUUCCCAGAACCACAGCCAAGGGCCCUUGCGCUCCAUGGUGGAGGACCUGCAGUCUGAGGAGUCGGAUGAGGACGACUCUUCCUCGGGUGAGGAGGCCACUGUCAAGGUGAACCCAGGCCGGGAUUCCAGGUUGAGCUUCAGCGACAGCGAGAGCGACAACAGUGCCGACUCCUGCCUGCCUGGCCGUGAGCCCCCACCUCCCCAGAAGCCACCCCCACCCAACAGCAAGGCAUCAGGCCGGAGGAGCCCUGAGCCUUGCAGCAAGCCUGAGAAGAUCCUCAAGAAGGGUGCCUACGACAAGGCCUACACUGACGAGCUGGUGGAGCUGCACCGGAGGCUGAUGGCGCUGAGGGAGCGCAACGUGCUGCAGCAGAUCGUGAACCUGAUCGAGGAGACUGGCCACUUCAACGUCACCAACACCACCUUCGACUUCGAUCUCUUCUCCCUGGAUGAGAGCACCGUGCGCAAGCUGCAGAGCUACCUGGAGGCUGUGGCCACAUGACCCUGGGUGGGAGCUGGGCCCCGCCACUCACGGGGGUCCGGGGAGGCCGCGCAGGCCCCACCCACCUCCCUUCUCUCCACGCACCGCCUACAGCACUGCCUUAGUGACUGCCCUGCCCGGCCCUCACAGCCAGCUGCACUUUCCUGGGUGGCUCCCGAGUGCCCUGGGCCAUCCGGUGGGCACUUAGGCACAGUCACUGGGGCACAGUCACCCAGGCUCUCCUUGGAGGGUGGUUUGUGCAGAAGGCAGAGCUGGGCCUGGUUCCCAGAAGAGGAAGAAGCUUAUGCAGAAGGAGUGUGGCUCGAGGCCCCUUGCUCGGCCUCAGAACUGUGGGCCUCUCUGAGAAGCCGGCUGUCCUGUGUGCAGCCCCCCAAAAUGGUUCAGAAGCUGCCUGGGCCGCCGGACCCUCGGAGGCUCUGGUCCGCGGCCGGCCAGGCUGGCCCAUGUGUACAGCCGUCUGUGUAUUAUAUACCUGUGCGCUGCGUGUGUUCAGGAGCGGGUCCGUGUACGUUUCUGUGCCGAGCUGCACGUUGGGGGUGGGGGGAGUGUGGGGGGGACUUGUAGGUUAAGAUGUCUAUGGGGGUCUUGUCUUGGGCUGGUCCUCUCCAGGGCGCGAAGGGAGCCACCCUCUGGUUCCAAGGAUGCCAGGGCUCUCAGGCCAGUGAACACUACAGCUACGACAGGGUGACCUGUCCUCAGGGCCCCCAGGGACACACGUGUUAAUGCCCCUGGGGCUCCUCCUCUGUAGGACCCUCUUCCUCCACAGUCAUCGAUCAAGUCUUCGAACUUUGAACAAAUGAGCUUUUGCCAAAUAAGACAGGAUGGCUUAUGUUGGGGGCACGUGGGGACCGCCUCCUCUCUGGCCUCAGCCUCUGCUUCUGCCAGGCCCAGCCUGGGACAUUCUCCUGUCCGUCUGAGGUUCUCCAGGGCCACGCCCCCACCUCGCUGGGCCAGCAGCCCUGGCGCACACAGUGUGCCCGCCCCAGUUUUCCUGGAUCGGCCUUGUGCCUCCAGACCCCAUCCUGACUUCAGUCAUUGCCAGUGUUGGUGCCCUGAUCUAGGUGUGGCUGGGGGAGCAGGGCCAGGGUGGCCUGUGCCUCCACCCUGUCGUUAGUGUCCCUCUUCCCCGUUAUAAGCUCGGACCCAGGCGGCCCUGGCUUUUCUUCCCUGAGGCCCCUGGCCUCACUCUUAAGUCCACCGGAACAGUCCCCGGAGGACCCCUGCCUACAAGGCAUUGCCCACACCAGCAUUGCUGGGGGCCCCCCAGAUACUUGGGGGGAGGCCCGACAACUCCGCAGGGAACCACUGCAACCCUUCAGGCCACAGUGGCUCCCGCCACACUGCCCUCAGCCCCGCUGCCAUGGCCCCUUUCUAGGCAGGCCAGCAAUACUCACGGUGGGGCCUCACCCCCAGGAACUCUCCAAGACGCGGGGCGGAAGCCUCAGAUCCAGGCAGCAGCCUUCCUCCUGCCUGAGGGGCCCAGAGCACCACGGUGACCCAGGCUGGGCACUUUGCCACCUGGAUGGGGCAUCUGGCCCUUCCCACAGUUUCCAGGACCUUCAGAAGCGCCGGCCCGCCUCUUAGUUACCUCCUCUGGCCAAAAGGCCUCAUCGCUGUCCUCCAGAGCUGCCCUGGCACGGGGCCCCACCACCACUGAAGGAAGGAUGUGCUGGGGCCCUGACUGCAGCCUUCCCAGCUGUCCCCUCCCCGCUGGCAGUCGUGGACAGCUGGGCCCGCAAGGAGGGCUCUGGGGACAGGUCCAUAGGAAGGGGCCGGCGCCUUGUGAUUGCCACAUGUCUUGUGUUAAGCCGCCUGCCCCCAAGUGCAAACCCCGUGUUUCCUCCCCUGAAUGAAUUGUAAACCAACGCCAGAACCCAGAAGGUAUCGAAUACCUUCCUUCCCCACAAGGGUUUUAACCAAGAGUGUGUCUCGCUGGGAACUGAACAGUGCACCUGGCCGAGACCAGCUCUUGGGUCAAGGGAAAAGGAGAAGUGUGUGUGUAAUGAAUUACAGGAUUGUUUCUGUCCUGGAUUUUAAACUUUUUGUUAAAUUGUGAAAUUAUGGAGGAGUUUUAUAGAAAAAAAGUGAAAUAAAGUCAGAUGGGAACGCA